CCACAACCGAAGAAAAUGAAAAGAAGUGUGCUAAGUACGUUUCCCGCUUCGAUUCUACUUUCAACUCAAAAGCAGCGCCAAAUAAAUCCGCGUCUCAUCCCUUUCCUCUCCCUCUAUUUAAAUUCCCCACCCCUCUCAACGGGCACCCGACCCGAACCAAACCGAUCCGACCCGAGAACAUUCGUCGGAAAAAUGUUCGGCAGAAUCAGAGCUUCGCCUUCCUCGCUGGACAGUCUGGAAGGUUUUCCUCCGUCCAAGAUUCUCAAAGACGAUUCUUUCUCUAUCUACGAGGCUACUCUCAUGAAGCUUAAACUCGGCGCUAAACGCGAUAAACCUCUAAUACAAACGAAUGAUAAAGAGUUCACAAAUGAAUUUCCAGUCAUUGAUGAAGGUAAUAUGGAUGUGGAUUGUACUUCAGCAACAGCAGUAGCAGAAGCUUCAAGCUCUAUUGGUGAUAAUGAUGAUGCUGCGACAUUGAUGGACACUGAUUGUGGUUCCUGUGUAGCCACGGCGGUGACAUCACCGGCUAUUAUUACCGGUGUGAGUGAUAGUGUUUCUACCGAGAACACGGAACAGCCAAGGCAAAGUAAUGUUUCCAUUCGUGAUUUCUAUUCUUUGUUGAACAAGAAGAGUUGUUGUGGUUCUGCUUCAUCUUCGGGUUCCGUUGUAUCUAAUGGUGACACAAGAAGUGGAUUGUGUGAGUGAAUGAAUGAAGAUGUUUUUUUUUUAUUCAUUCCAUUUGUCAUAUUGUGUUGUAUUGUAUCUAGGUAUUUAAAAAUUGAAAUACAAUUGAAGUUGUAUCAUGUAUGGGGAAUUGAAUCUUUAUAUGGAAAUGUAGUUUUUUUGUUA